UUUCACUUUUUUCUCUUCUCUUAAACAUAUAUAUUUAUCAAAACCAACAUGACGACACAUCGUGUAUUCUCAUCAAAAUUCUUAGCACGUCUGAAGAAACCAUUAAAGGAAAGCGAUGUCAAAGCCACCUUUGUUUAUAAUGAAAACAAACAAAAAGGUUUCUGGCGUCCAGCACAAGUGUCUCGACGAGUACAGAAUGAUUUACGCAAAGCCUGUUUACAACAAAAUAUUGAUCCUCUCACCUUGGGUUUACCUGCCUCCACUCCUGCUAAACCUCUACGAUACAAACCCAACAAACUGGAAAAACAUGAACGUAUGCGUGCUGAACGACAAGAAACUAUUCGCAAAAACCUUGAAAAGAUGCCACAAACCAUUCAAGCUUGGAAGGAGGAUAAGAUGAAGGAACUAGCUAAACAAAAGACUUCAAUGCCAUUCUAAUUCUAUCUUUGUCCUAUGAUACGUCUUCAUUGAUCACUUCUUUUUUUUUUUUUCUUAUUUUAUUUUUAACCAUUUUGUAUAUUUUUUUUUUUUUU